AUGUUGCAGCCCAUUGUCCUUGUUGCCUGCGCGUUUCUGGCCAGCGCCGCAGCUGGUCGCCCGCCGCAACGCUAUUUGCCCGCCAAUCAAUAUCCGGCACCGCAGGCCAGCCAGCUGCACUAUCACGGCGUUAGCGGCCACUCUCAUGGUCGUCUCGGUGGCGGCGGCGGAGGCGGAGUAGCUGGAGGAGUGGGCGUCGGAGUGGGUAGCAGCAGUGGUGGCUUUGCCGGAGCUGGCGGACAUGGCGGACAUGGCGGACAUGGUGGACAGCGUCAGGCGCAGAUACCGAUUGUGCGCAGCGAUUAUCAGAGCGAUGCCAGCGGCAAUUAUAACUUUGGCUUUGAUACGGGCAACGGCAUCCAUCGCGAUGAGACGGGCGAAUUCAAGGGCGGCUGGCCACACGGUUCCCUCGGCGUGCGCGGCUCCUACUCCUACACGGGCGACGAUGGCCAACAGUAUACGGUCAAUUACAAGGCCGACAAGAACGGAUUCCAUGCCGAGGGCGCACACCUGCCCACCUCACCAUCGCUGCCCGCUGACGGAGCCGGCGGCUCGGCUGGCGGCUAUCAGGGCGGCGCCUACCAUGGCUCCGCUGGCAAUGUGCAAGCGCCUUCGUCCCGCUAUCUGCCGCCCGGCUAUCGCCAGCGCAGACACUACUAGAACCCAAUUGGACACACGAUCUGAGCACUCAACACACACACACACACACGAAUUUACACCUUUGACAGCACACAAAUUAGUUGUAUUUGUAUUUGUUUUUGCAAGCCAAUAAAAUAUGGUAGAAAUUUUCGAUAAUAUAAAUAAAAUUCUACUGCUGAGAGUUAACCCAAAUCCAACGUAGCAUUCUAUAUUAACUUCGGUCUUUAUAGUCCGAUCUUCAUGAUACUUUCAGAGCUUCAAAAAGGCUAACAAGAAUGUUUACAUGCCAG